AUGUCGGAGGACCAGAAGAGGGCAGACCGCGAGCUCACGCGACUAUGGAAGGUUCGAGGAAAUGCGCAGCAAAUGUGCGCUGAUAGAGGCUACGAGAUCUCUACCGAUGAGAUUGAGAUGACGUACGACGAGUUCAAGCGGAAGUUUCAGAUGCAAGAUGGGAUUCUUGAUCGUCGCAACCUCUCCUUCCGUGCCAUACCUAGCGAAGAGAUGCUUGCAAAAUACACCGACCCGCCAACAGCAAAGGUUCCCGACCCGAAGCCCCAGAUCGGGACUAUACGCAUCGAGUUCGCACCCGACGGCCAGAUUGGCACGAAAGAAUUACGAACAUACAUCCAUACUCUGCACGACGAGAACUUCUAUACGGGUAUCUUCAUCACGAAAGAGCCGAUCACCUCUAUGGGAAACCGCUUCUUACAGGGAAAUCAAGAAUUCAAACCUCCAGGUGGAAUCGAAACAUUCAGCGACCAAGACUUACUCGUCAACAUCAGCAGACACGAACUCGUACCAAAGCACAUCCUACUGUCCAAAGAGGAGAAAACCGCACUGCUGGAGCGCUAUCGGCUGAAAGAGACGCAAUUACCAAGGAUGCAGGUCACGGAUCCCAUGGCUCGCUACAUGGGGCUGAGGAGAGGGCAGGUCGUGAAGAUUAUCAGGCCAAGUCAAACGGCUGGACGGUACGCGAGUUAUCGCUGGGUCAUAUGA